UUGCUUCAUAUUCGCUGAGUGAGGAACCGGCACGUAUCUAACCACUACCACGAUCAUGGAGAAAGCGAUCGUUUUGCUCUUGUUGCCACUUCUUACAGCCUGCUUGUUGGAUGAUGCCGCCGCUGCUGUGACUGGACUUUGUGAUAAGGAUCACUUCCAGUGCGGUGAUGGCAAAUGUAUUCGUGUACAUUGGCUGUGUGAUGGGCAGUCUGAAUGUGAUGAUGGUUCAGAUGAGUCCCUGGAGACGUGUAAGAAUAAGACCUGCAGCGCGCUUGAGUUCAGUUGUGGCGGCCGUGUUAACAAGUGUAUCCCCACAUCCUGGCGCUGCGACUCCCAAAAGGACUGUGAAAAUGGCUCGGAUGAAGAGAACUGCCCUGCACAUGUCUGCAAAGACCAUGAGUUCCAAUGCCAUGAUGGGAAUUGCAUCUCUUCGAAGUUUGUCUGUGAUGAAGACAGGGACUGUGCUGAUGGCAGUGACGAGGAGGCAUGUCCAGAGCGGACCUGUGGACCUCACUUGUUCCAGUGUGUCAAGAGCAAGCUUUGUAUCCCAAAGCUGUGGGCCUGCGAUGACGAUCCAGAUUGCCCUGAUGAAUCGGAUGAGUGGCCACAGAACUGUGGACGGUCCUCUACCUUUGCACUGCCUAAUCCCUGCUCUGCCCUGGAAUUCCGUUGUGGCAGUGGAGAGUGCAUCCACAUGAAAUGGCGCUGUGAUGGCAGUGUAGACUGUCGUGAUCAAUCUGAUGAAGCAGGCUGUGCUGUGACAACUUGUCGGCCAGACGAAUUUCAGUGCAAUGAUGGGUCCUGUAUUCAUGGAAGCCUCCAGUGUAAUAAGGAAUUCAACUGCCAUGAUCAGAGCGACGAAGUUGGCUGUGUAAAUGUGACCAAGUGUGAGAGUCCACACAAGUUCAAGUGCACAAGUGGUGAAUGUAUAAUGAUGGACAAAGUUUGUGACAAUCAGCGGGACUGCAGAGACUGGUCAGAUGAGCCCUUGAAGGAGUGUGGUGAAAAUGAAUGUCUGAAUGAAAAUGGUGGCUGCUCUCACAUCUGCAAAGAUCUGAAGAUUGGCUACAAGUGUCUCUGUCGUCCUGGCUUCAGAUUAAUUGAUAAUGCAAAGUGUGAAGAUAUCAAUGAAUGUGAGAAUCCAGACACAUGCAGCCAAAACUGUAUCAACCUGGAAGGAGGAUUUAAGUGUGAGUGUAAGAAAGACUAUCAUAUGGACCCAGUGACCAGGCAAUGCAAAGCUAUUGGUACAGUUGCCUACUUGUUUUUCACCAAUCGGCACGAGGUCAGAAAGCUUACCCUUGAUCGGAGUGAAUAUACACAAUUGAUCCCCAGGCUGAAGAACGUAGUGGCACUGGACAUGGAGGUGGCUGCAAACAAGAUCUACUGGGCUGACCUGUCUCAGAAAAAAAUUUUCAGUGCCCACAUGGAUAAAGCUGAGAACUCUUCCCAUCAUUCCACUGUUAUUGAGACUGAAAUCCAGGCACCAGAUGGCUUGGCUGUGGACUGGAUUCAUCAGAACAUAUACUGGACAGACUUUGUAACCAGCACCAUCUCUGUAGCUAACACAGCUGGAACAAAGAGGAAGGUCCUAAUCAAAGAACAACUUUCAAAGCCCAGGGCUAUUGCAGUGGAUCCAGUUCAUGGCUUCCUAUAUUGGAGUGAUUGGGGCUCCCCUGCUAAGAUUGAAAAAGGAGGUUUGAAUGGAGUGGACCGUAUGCAACUGGUCACUGCAGGAAUUGAAUGGCCAAAUGGAAUCACCCUGGACUUGGUGAAUCAGCGGCUCUACUGGGUGGACUCCAAGUUGCAUACUUUGUCUAGUAUUGGUGUUGCUGGAGACAACAGGAAAACUUUGAUCAUCUCUCCAGAGAAACUGACUCAUCCCUUCUCUGUCGCAUUGUUUGAGGACAAGAUAUUUUGGACUGAUAUUGAUCAUGAAGCCAUUUUCAGUGCCAACAGACUCACAGGAGGUGAUAUUCUAACAGUCAUUGAGAACCUUGAUGUUCCUCAGGAUAUUGUUCUCUACCAUCAUCUCCGCCAACCCAAAGGUAUUAACUGGUGUGAACAGAAUGGGCAGAUAAAUGGUGGCUGUGAAUACUUGUGCCUUCCAGCACCACAGAUCAAUGUUCAUUCUCCAAAAUACACUUGCGUUUGCCCUGAUGGCAUGCAGCUGGGGCCAGACAUGAGAAAAUGUAUUCCAGCUACUGUCAUGCCUACCAAGUCAAGCACAGACAAAACUUUAAAUGAUCCUAACCAUGCUAAGACAGCUACAACCAGCAGCCCCACUACAACUAGGAAAAUGAUCUCCCAGACUUCCAACAUUGACUCAGACAACACUGUACACUCAGCAUUCCCUACUGUUCAUGAGCUGCUCACUGUUUCACAUCAAGCAGGGGUUGAGAUUGCAGUUAAAGCAGCUACAGAAGGCCACAGAGGAGCUAAUGCCUUGUGGAUUGUUUUGCCUCUUGCCAUCCUGUCACUGCUUGCUACUGCAGUUUAUUUCAUUUGGAAAAACUGGAAAUUGAAGAACACCAACAGUAUUAACUUCGAUAACCCCGUCUACCAGAAAACCACUGAAGAUGAUGAAGUUCAUAUCACCCGGAACCAAGUUGGGUACACUUAUCCUACGAGAGCUGUCGUGAGUUUAGAAGAUUAUGGUGCUUGAUACAAGGAGCCUGACAAAGUGCCUCUGGAGUGAUUACUGCUUAUGGAUCUAGACUUUAACUCUGCUGUUUGCAGAUAGCCUACAGUACUAUCAAGUGUGUUGUGUUGUUUUGUUGUUUUUUAAACUCCUUCCACUUCCACUCCCUCUUCUAAAUAUUUCAGCAUAGCCACUCCAUGUACAGGGUGUUUUUGGUUAGGUUACUUAAAUUUUUUUGCACUUGUGCUGUUACUGUGGAUGUUUUUUUAAUUUGAAGGAUUUUCAGAGACACUCUGGAAAUGACUGAGCUUUAGUUUUUGUCAAGGGCAAAAACAUUCUUUUGGGACUUUUUUAUAAAAAUUCCCUGACUGAACAUGUCUGAUUACUUCUGACAUUUCAGAAGAAACUGGUGCAGUUUUCAGUUGCUGAAUGACUGAAGAGAAGGAUAAUAUGUAUCUGUGUAUAUAAUGUUAAUCUGAGUUUUGCCUAAGCUGUUUUGUAAAUUGCAUGCAUUCUCCAUGUACAGUUGUGCAGGGACAAAAGCCAAUUUUAAGGUGGCAUUUUCCUCCCCACACUCUACAACCUCUUUUUGACAAACUUUUUUUUUUUAAUAUUAAGUCUGGUGUUUGCUUGAUUCACCAAUGCUAGAAUUGUAUAUAAUUAUGCAUCCAAUUGGAAUACACUGGACCUAAUUAAAGGCUGUGUCAAAUAAUGUGGAUACUUGCCAUCAUCCCCUGUACUUUAUGGGGACAUGUCUAUCCCUUGCUACUGAGCCUGACAGACUUUUUUUCUUUCAAAAAGUUGGUGCCAGACCAUGAACCAAGCUUGCUUUGAUUUUUUUGGUUUUUUUUUUUGUGACUAAGUGAAUGUGUGUAUGUGUAUAUAUAUUGUACAGACUUUGUUUUUUGUUUGUUUUUCAGAAGGAAUAGUUUUUAACUGCAAAGUUAAUGUAUGUUUUUAAUUUAUUUACCCAGUAUCUCAGCCUCUAGUCUGAUUUGUGCAGCCUUGUAUAUUUCAAGGUGUUGUGCUGAGUUUAAAUAUGUACCCAGUCCUAUGUGCACAGCAACCUUUUUCCUUCUGACUUGUUUAUAAAAUGUAUAUGUUUACAGAAGCUGCUUUCUGACAGCCUAUCAGAAUGGACUUGUCUUUCUACAUAGAUUUACACAGAGCAUAUAUUUAUUUAUAAAAAGAAAUGAUUUUUAAAAGUGUUGCAAAAGUGGAGCCUGUUACACUGAAGGUCAGGCACCCACUCUACUGGCCAAGUAAAUGCAGGAGCUCCUGCAAUCAGUGAGGUUUUUUUAUGAUUAGCCUGAUCCAAUACCAUUUUGGACAGAGUAGUUAAUGUUCUACACAUGUUUGUCUGGUGCUCUUGCGUUUUUUUUGGGUUUUUUUUGGCCCUCACCCUCCUUCAGUUUGCCACUGCUGUCUUGUGUGACCUGAAGAAUCUGUACUCUUGAAGGUUUUCAAUGCCCAAUUCUGGAAAUGGGUGGGAAAGUGGCUAGGAAUUUGUAAAAAUCACUGACCCAGGGCAGCUUCCAAAGCCCACACAUCUCAGUAGUGGUGUGCUCUCAUUUAGUGUCAAGUGGGUUCAGUCGCUUGUUUUCUGUCUCUUUUUUGUUGUAUGUGUGCAAAUGCCUUGUUACCUCUCGCCGUACAAUCUAGUGUCUCCCUUGACGUGACUUUGCCAUGUUUUUCAAUCUUUAUCUGAGUUUUGCUGCUGUCUUGUUACAGUCUAAUUCAGUUUUUAGAUUGUUUCCCCUCAACUUUUGUUUUUUUUUAAUUUCUGCCUAACUACUGAACAAAAGUUUUUAAUUUAUUUUUUUUCUGUUUCUCCCCUCAUUUGUUCAAAUGUUUGAGCUAAAUCAUUCACAUGGUCCAAAUUUUUUGACUGUAUUCUUGUUGUUUUUGCCAGCAAUCAACUAAAUAAAAUUUUCUAGAUGUCA